GUUUAUAAUUACAUUAAAAAAAUACAUCUCGACCACGUACACAGACCAUUUCCUCCAACACAAAGCUUUCUUCCAAAGCAUCUGAAUCUGACGCAUCUUAAUUCCAACAGGUAGAGACAAAAAAAAAUAUUCAACCUUCAAAACAAGGUUUCUCUCACAGACUUAAGGAUUUGUGUGUUUCUUGUGGAAUAAGUUUUAGGGUUUAUUAGGGUUCUUGAGACUACUGAUGGGUUCUUACUAUGCUGGAUUCCUUGGAUCAUUUGACAACUUCUACCAGACUGAGUUUUCCAAUUUGGGGAAUGGAUUCUAUGUGGAUGACCAACCUUUGUUAGAAAGUCCAUCUCUCUUGCCUCCUCUUCAUCCUCAUCCAGAUCCAUAUCCUCAACAGAAUCUUGCUGCUGCUGAUGCUGAUGAUGAUUUAACUGAUUCUGUUCUGCAAUACAUAAGCCAAGUGCUUAUGGAAGAAGACAUGGAUGACAAGCCUUGUAUGUUCCAUGAUGCCUUGUCUCUCCAAGCAGCUGAGAGAUCUCUCUAUGAAGCUCUAGGCGAAAAGUACCCGGAUUCUCUGCCUCUGCCCACCACUAGCCCUCUCCAACUUUCUCAUAGUCAUGAUGAGUUGAGUGACAUAACUUCUUCAGGUCACACCUCAAGAACCACCACCACCACCACCACUUCCUCUGAUUGGAGUUUUGAUAGUUUGGAGAACAACAGGCCUUCUUGGAUGCAAACACCUACCCCGAACAACUUCGUCUUCCAGUCUACUACUCCCUCUACUAGAUCCAGUCCCAAUAGUGGCAGUAACACGGUUACCAGGUCAAGUUUUAGUAAUGACUUGGUUACAAACAUGUUCAAAGAUAGCAACUGGGCGUUACAAUUCAAGAGAGGUGUGGAGGAAGCAAGCAAGUUCCUUCCAAGGACUACUCAGCUGGUUAUAGAUGAGAAUCAUCAUCAUCCUCACUAUGUUCCUUACAGAAUCACCGGAAAGAAAUGCCACUGGCGUGACGAAGACGAUGAGCAUUUGCCUGAAGAAAGAAGUAAGAAGCAAUCAGCUGUCUAUGCCGAUGACCCCGAGCUAGCAGACAUGUUUGAAAAGAUUCUCUUGUUCGGAGAUCCCAAGGAGAACCCUAAAUGCAUUCUCAACGAAACCUCCCAAAAGGAACCACCAACCAAAGCUCCACAAAGUCCCAAAGGAGACAUAACAACAGCAUACUCGAGGGGAAUCAAACCAUCUGCUUACGUUAAAGAGAUACCUGACUUGAGGUCCCUUUUGCUUUCAUGUGCACAAGCUGUGUCCGUCAACGACCACAGAAGAGCUGAAGGGUUGUUAAGACUCGUCAGGCAGCAUUCUUCCUCUUACGGAGAUGGAACAGAGAGGUUAGCUCAUUACUUCGCAAACAGUCUCGAAGCGCGUUUAGCCGGGACAGGCACGCAGGUCUACACAUCCUUGUCUUCCAAGAAAACAUCUGCCGCGGACAUGUUGAAAGCUUACCAGUCCUACGUAUCCGUCUGCCCGUUCAAGAAGAUCGGUAUAGCCUUCGCUAACCACAGCAUCCAGCAGCUGGCUAAGAAGACUAUGCCUCACACCAUCCACAUCAUAGACUUUGGGAUAUCUUACGGUUUCCAGUGGCAUUCUCUGGUUCAUCGCCUUCACUGGAGACGUGGCUCCUCGUGUAAGCUCAGGAUCACGGGUAUCGACUUGCCUCAGCGUGGGUUUAGACCGGCUAAUGGUGUUAUCGAGACGGGACACCGCUUGGCUAAGUACUGUAAGAAGCUGAACGUUCCGUUUGAGUACAAUGCUAUAGCGCAGAAGUGGGAGACGAUAAAGCUGGAGGACUUGAAGCUGAGAGAAGGAGAGUUCGUGGCGGUGAACACUCUCUUUAGGUUUAGGAACCUUCUGGAUGAUACUGUGGCAGUGGACAGCCCUAGAGACGUGGUUUUGAGACUGAUACACAAGAUAAGACCGAACAUCUUCAUCCCUUCGAUAUUGAGCGGUUCUUACAACGCUCCUUUUUUUGUGACGAGGUUUAGAGAAGUCAUGUAUCAUUUCUCCUCGCUGUUCGACAUGUGCGACACGACCCUGACGAGGGAGGAUCCGAUGAGGGUUGUGUUCGAGAAGGAGUUCUACGGGAGGGAGAUCAUGAACGUGGUGGCGUGCGAGGGGACGGCGAGAGUGGAGAGGCCUGAGAGUUAUAAGCAGUGGGGGUCGAGGAUGGUGAGAGCUGGGUUGAGGCAGCUUCCGGUUGAGAAGGAGCUGGUUCAGAAACUGAGGUUGAUGGUUGAUAAGGAGUACAAGAGCAAAGAGUUUGAUGUUGAUCAGGAUGGUAACUGGUUCCUUCAGGGCUGGAAAGGCAGACUUGUCUAUGCUUCUUCUUUUUGGGUUUCUGUGUAGUGUUUGUUUGUCUUACGUUCCAAGAAACUGAUUCUCUUUUAAGAUUUGUUGUCUCUUUGUUUUGCACAAUGACCUUCAGAUUUUUAUAUUUUGUACAGGUUUUAGUAUU